AUGUUUGGAAGACAGUGGAGCUACCUCCUCAAAAUCGUUCAAGACUCAUCGGCUUGCGUAUCCCUUGUCAUCAACAGUUUCCUGAUUUUCAUGAUUCUUACAAAAUCCCCAAAACAACUUGGCGCCUACCGUUACUUGAUGAUCUACAUUUCCGUUUUUGAAAUGUUCUAUUCCAUCAUCGACCUGGUGAUCGAUCCACAACACUAUUCGCAUGGUCCAACAUUCCUGGUGAUCGUUGAGAUUAAGGACAAACUUUUGCCUCCUGCAGGUCUCACUGUGCUCAAUACGUUCUACUGGGGCUGCUUUGGCGCAUCGAUGGCGGUUUUUGCCGUGCAUUUUGUGUAUCGUUGGCUUGUUGUAACCGAUUUGUCGUAAACUUUUGAUUUCUGAACAAAAUAAUUUUCAUACAUCGGCUUCUGGAAACAUUCAACGGCUGGAGAAUCUGGUUUUGGUUCUCAAUUCCAAUGUGGUACGGUGUAACCUGGAUUUUCACUGGAUACGUGCUGGCGGGACCAAAUGAAUUUACCAGUCGAUUUAUCAGUGCCAACAUCAAAGAAGUGCUAGAUUUGGAAUUCGACGACUACGUCUACUUGGGGCCAUUUCUCUAUGAUAAAACGGGAAAUGGAACCGCAAUUGUUCAUAUCAAACCGUUUAUUGGGUUGGGCAUCAUAUCGGGAACAAUUGUUUCAUCCAUUAUCAUUGUGCUAACAUUUGGAAUUCUUUGCUACCGAAGACUGAACGCAAUUGUGGUUACCACAAUGAACUCGGCAAAUCUGAAAAAUCUUCAAAGACAACUCUUCUAUGCACUCGUCAUUCAAACCUUGGUACCGUUCCUUCUGAUGCACAUCCCAGUCGGUAUCAUGUUUGCAUUCGUCUUUCUCGACAUUGACUUGGGAGUGUACAGUGCAAUCGUCUCAAUGACGAUUGCAAUUUACCCGGCUGUGGAUCCAAUUCCAACCUUGGUUAUUGUAGAAAACUACAGAAAAACUUUAAUUCAUUACCUUCGUUGUUGCAAAAAACCAACAGAAGUUGCCGCAACAGUCAUUGAGCCAACAAGAUUUCCGACAACCGUCACUACACAAGUUAACCAAAACCUUCAGUAG